AUGUCGGAAAAACGAGCCGUUCUUACCAAAGAUGCACCCCCACCUUUGCCGGGCAUUUACUCGCAAGCCAUAGUUGCCAACGGUCUUGUCUUUUGCUCUGGCUCUGUACCCAUGGACGCUACGACUGGCAAGAUCAUUGAUGGCGAUGUCAAAGCGCACACGCAUCAAUGCAUAAAGAACCUCACAAAGGUUCUGGAAGCUUCUGGAUCCGACAUCACCAAGGUGGUCAAAGUCAAUGUUUUCUUGUCCAACAUGGACGACUUCGCGGAAAUGAACUCGGUCUAUACCCUUUACUGGGGUGAUAUUAAACCUUGUCGAACAUGUGUUGCGGUGAAGACACUACCGUUAAACACCGACGUGGAAAUCGAAUGUGUUGCUACUUUAUAG